GGAGCCAUCCACCGAAAGCAACCAAUCUGAAACUCUACAAAGUAAGUUACUGGGCUCAAUCUUCGGCUGAAACGUAAUUCACUCAUUGUGGAGUGAGAAGAGCUAUCUACAUCUACCAGACAGCAAGUCUUCCAUCGCCUCCACCAAUCAGCUAUCUUCAAACUUGAAAAAAAAGGGAAAUGGAGCGUACUAAUCGAAGAAAUAAAAGAGAGAUUUUUUUCAGUGGAGAGCAUAAGAAUAUCACCACUCUGAAACAUGAGGCGAUCCUUAACGACCAUGGGUACCUUCAUAACUCCAUUCCACGGUACCCAGAAGAACCCGAGUUUCACAUAUCCAAAGUGGCCCAUGUCACCAAUGAAUCUAAAAUCGAUGAAAUCUUGGAUUCAAAUGGAUUUAGGGGCGGGGAUAGGAGUCUCCUGUGGUGGAGCCUGGCCAUCGAGCAUGAUGAUAUCAGAGCAGCAGAAGAUCGUUACCUGGAGAAGAUCUUCCCAGACAGAACCCCAGAGCAGAGAGAGAUGCAAAGAGAGAUAGGUUCCUUCCUGAAUCAGUUCACCACGUCACCUGCCUUUAAGCAGGAAUCGCGUUAUGGGAACUACAGGUUCACUCUCAGUCUGUCUGAUCUCCUGAAGAUGUACAGAGAGCAGAUAUGUGGUGGAGAAAAGCCUGUCCUGAAAGUGUAUGAAACCUCUGUCUACCAGCAGGAGAUAAUGUACUGUGUGCUUGUUCACUCUCCAAGUGUGGAUGAGUUUGAGGAGUACCCAUGUCUUGGUGAUGGUAGUGAUGACGCUGUCUGUGGUUACAAGGAAAACGAUGUAGAGGGGGAAGGAAAAGGACACAUUGUCUGGCGAGCACAAGCCAUGUCAGCAACACAAAAAGUUGGGUUAACCAUAAACGCCAUGGACAAAAUAGUAGAAACAGAUGGUCAUGUUUACAAUACAUGGUACAUGUGGGACCAUGUGACCCUGGCGCUCCACCUGCCAGAAGGCCUGCUCCUAAAUGUUGAUAGAGAGAAUCUAAUCAAAAACCUCACUGCUUGUGAGGCUGAUAAACCCUUCCUUGGGGCCCGUCGCCUGUCCCUCUUAGAUGCUCAGACAAAAGUUCAGAGCUUAAACAACUAACUCUGGAACUGAUUAACAAAAUCAGUCAGGCAGGUUACAUUAGAUGUUUAAGGAUACUCAAUUAACAAACCAUAAAACCAUUAUAUUAUGGUAUACCAUUAACCAUUUUCCUUUUUUUCUUUUUUGAACUCAAAUUAACUAUUUUAGGGGGGGAAGAUUUGUCUCAUUCAAUAUUUGUCUCAUUCAAUAUUUGUCCCAUUCAUAAUCAAAUGUCAAGCAAAUGCAAUACAAUUUAAAACGCUUAUGCCAUAUUUGUAAAAGCACCAGAUGUCAGGACUUAAUAUCACCCUAUGUAGUGUGACAGUUUAAAUAAUUUAAGCAUCUAUGCAGUUCUUAUGAAGAAAUGAUGAAUGCCUUAUAAAGCUUUUUUAACUUGUUAUUUUUGUGGGGCCAAAAUGAUGUUGUGUUAUGUAUUUUUUGGUUACUGUGUCAUAUUGGGGCCAUUUAUGGUCACUAAUAGAUUUAGUGUGAUGGGACUGCAGUGGCAGUAUUUACCACUCAUUCCCACUUUCCUCUAUACAUUUUUGCAUGAUGUAUGUAUAUUACAGCUUUUUGUUUACACUCCUUGAGUCUCUGUAUUGCUAUAUAACUAUGAGUAUCAUGUAAUAUUUUCUCUAAUCUAAUUGAACACAAAAAGGAUGUUUUAAAUGAGAAGGGCAAGAUAUGAACUGUUCUAUUACCUGUUGUUUGUGUGCAAAUUUACACAUCAAAUCCACACUGUUUGCCUUCUUUGGGAAUAAAUUAUGUAAACGUCAUCACAAUA